AUGGAGCUACACCUCCUCCGCUCCCCUGUAUCGACCCCAACUCUCUACUCCGACCACACCCACAAGCGAAACCCACCAAUCCAGUGUCUCCGUCUAUCCAAACGGAGCUCCGGCCCGUUUACACAGAAGGAGCUUUCUCGGAUUCUGAGAACGGAGGCUGCUGUUAAAAACAUUGAGAGGAAAGCAAACUCCAACAAGUACAACAACCUCUGGCCUAAGCCUGUUUUGGAGGCCCUUGAUGAGGCUAUUUCCAACAAUCUCUGGGAGAAUGCUCUCAAGAUAUUUGGGCUACUGCGUAAGCAACAUUGGUAUGAGCCGAGAUGCCAAACUUACGCAAAAUUGUUCAUGAUGCUUGGAAAGUGCAAGCAACCUGAGCAGGUUGGGUUACUUUUCGAGCUCAUGUUAACUGAUGGGCUCAAACCAACUGUUGACGUGUACACAGCUCUUGUUAGUGUUUAUGGCAAAAGUGGUCUCUUUGACAAGGCAUUCUCUACUGUUGAUGACAUGAAGUCAAUUUCUGACUGCAAACCAGAUGUAUAUACAUAUUCCAUUCUUAUAAAUUGCUGCACCAAAUUUCGUCGCUAUGAUCUGAUUGAACAAGUUUUGGCUGAGAUGUCAUUUCUGGGAAUUGGGUGUAACACAGUCAUAUACAACAAUCUUAUCGAUGGAUAUGGUAAAUCAGAAUUGUUUGAACUGAUGGAGGACUCAUUGACAGAUAUGAUUGAAAGUGGCAACUGCGUUCCUGAUGUUUUCACAUUCAACUCUUUUCUUGGUGCUUAUGGGAAAAGUGGGCAGAUAGACAAGAUGGAGAAGUGGUACGAUGAAUUUCAGCUAAUGGGAAUGAAGCCAGACCUCAAGACAUUUAAUAUCCUGAUUAAAGCAUAUGGGAAAGCAAGAAUGUUUGAAAAGAUGGGAUCUAUUAUGGAGUUUAUGAAGAAAAGGUAUUUCACUCCAACUGUUGUUACUUAUAACAUUGUUAUUGAGGUAUUUGGGAAAGCUGGAAAGAUUGUGAAGAUGGAGGAAUACUUCAGAAACAUGAAGCACCAAGGAAUGAAGCCUAACUCUAUUACAUAUUGUUCACUCAUUAGUGCGUACAGCAAAGCUGGGAAUAUUAAGAAAGUUGAUUCUAUUUUGAGGCAAGUAGAGAAUUCAGAUGUUAUACUAGAUACAGCUUUUUUCAACUGUAUUAUUAGUGCCUAUGGUCGGGCUGGUGAUAUAAAUAAGAUGGGUGAAUUAUUUUUGACAAUGGAAGAGAAAAAAUGUGUUCCUGACCAUAUCACCUUUGCUACCAUGAUCCAAGCCUGCAAGGCACUAGGCAUGACUGCUGCUGCCGAAGAUUUGAAAAAAAGGAUGAUUACCACCAUUGACCAUUCAGAAAUGGAAAACUGAGGCCAUAGAGAAAUUGGAUGUGAUGGUGUAUACAAAGAUCUUUCUCAAGUUCCCUCCUAAGUUCUGGCCAUGUGGACCUGGGAAAGAGUUUUUCAUCUAUGCCCAUGAGCGAAGAGGCUACUACACAUUUUGGCAGGUUGGAUUCAAUGGUUGUCGUUGCUGUCUAGUUAAACGUAAAUUUUCCAUGCUGCUGCCAGCAGAUUUACAGAUUCGCACAUGGAGAAUGCAUAUCCUGGAUCCAAUAUCCUGGUCGUGACGUUGACGAAUGGGGAAUCAAAGCGUGUGGAAGCUCAGUGUGAUGAGGAGACGGUGAAAGAGGCCAUUGGGGUUUCUUAAGGACAUGUUUGGACCCAACAUUUCUGAAGCUACUGAUAUACUAGUUCCCCGCUGGUGGAACAAUAGGUUCCAGCGUGGCAGCUAUAGCAACUACCCAAUAAUCUCUAAUCAUCAAGUGGUUCGUGAUAUCAAGGUCUGCCAUCUCUCCUAACUG